AUGCUACCAAGUUCAUUAUUACACUUUACCAGUAGACAAAAGAACCGUUAUCCUUCUUACAUCAACACAUUUGAGGAUACUCUAAGAGCACUUUCUUUAUUAUUACCUGGACGUUUUCAAGACAGCGACCUUUGUUCACAAACUAUACUUACAGGAUUGAAUCUCAUUUCACUGGCACACACAAAAGUUCUAGUUGAAAAGCAUUUGAAGACACAGGCUGUUGAUGGAUCAUUCAAUGCUCGAUUCAUUCAAAACUAUCAGACCAAAAGGCUAUGCCGCCUAGCCUCCUGGACAUUAAGCAUCAUCUCCUACACAGAAGUCAUCGUAGAGAUGCUUUUGAACAGAAGAGUAUCGCGAAUGUCUCGGUGGAAGUGGAUCACAAGCAUAGAAGGAAUAAAAUUUCUACUUCGGCUUGCUUUGUUUUAUGGAGCAAAACGGAAGAUGGUACUUCAUCCAACACAUUAUAUAAGGAACGUGGAUCCAGAUACACUCGAUCUACAACACAGAGAUGAUAAGCUCGAAUUAUCACAUCUUGACCCAAGAACAGGAACAGCUCUAUCCAGAGAGCGUGAUACAAAAGCUCAGAGCAGAAGUGGAUGGUCCCAUAUGGGCGAACUGCUGUGGAUGGUACGACCAUUGGUUUAUGCGCUCAUGAUUUUGGUUGAACAAAGAAAGGUAUCGGCUCGCUCUGAUCCAAAAGAGGUACAAGGAGACGAAGAAGAGCAGACAGAAAAAGAUGAAGAGUCAUUAUCAUGGAAACCAUGGCUAGCAUCUCUCUGUAUCGAUUGGAUAUCUUUGAUAGCAGUCAAUAUGCAGAUUCCAAACCGAUUGGAAAAAGAAGAAUUGAAGAGAAGAAGUUAUUUAUUUCUUUAUUAUUUCCUUAGAGGACCUAUGUACACAAAAGUUACAAGGGUACUGUUAGAUAGAUUUUGCGAUGCAACAGAACAUAGACCUAUUGUUUCCAUUGUUACAGCUGCAUUGAAUGACUAUAGGCCAUUCUGGCAAGACUCUUAUUUCUACACGUCUGGUUCAUAG